AUGGAUAGUCUCAAAGUAGAUGCCGUCAAGAACUGGCCUUGUCCAGGUUCAACCAAAGAACACCAACUGGGCUUUGCUAACUUCUACAGGCAUUUCAUUUGUGACUUCAGCACCAUAGCAGCACCUCUCACUUCUCUUCUCAAACCUAAAACUCUCCAGUGGACUUCUCUGGCCAUAAGGGCCUUCCAGGAUCCUAAAAACUAUGAUAUGGGGAACCAUGAACUUCUGGCCAUGAAGGAUGUGCUUGAGGAAUGGCGCCAUUGGUCAGAUGGUUCCCAACACCCAUUCACCAUCCUCACUGAUCAUCGCAAUCUGGAAUAUUUACGCUCAGCCAAACGACUUAACCCUAGAACAGCACCCAACGGGCUUAAGCACCAGAGACUGAAGUCCACUCAUCACAGCGAAUUUGUUUUUCAGCUGAACUCUACCUGUAACAUUAGGUUUGAUGCCAGUAACUGUAACAUGAGCAGCGCAGAAGAUCUUCCUCGCCUUCCGCGCUUCACCACUGCCGCUCAGAUGCGCGUGACUCUCACCCUCAUCCUGUGCGCGCUAUCCACCUGCUGCAACCUUGCAGUGCUUUACUCUGUCAACCAUAACCACCGAAAACACAGAUCACACGUCCGACUGAUCAUCACUAAUCUGGCGGUAGCGGAUUUACUGGUGACGUUCAUCGUCAUGCCGCUGGAUGCGGUGUGGAAUAUGACGGUGCAGUGGCUCGCGGGAGAUCUCGCGUGCCGGACGCUGAUGUUUCUCAAACUCGUGGCCAUGUACUCGUGCGCUUUCGUGACCGUGGUGAUCAGUCUGGACCGACAGGCUGCCAUUCUGCACCCUCUCUCCAUCAAUAAAGCGAGGAGGAGAAAUAAAGUGAUCUUGAGUGUAGCAUGGACCAUGAGUGUUGUGUUAUCAAUCCCACAGGUGUUUCUUUUCCACGUUGUGGUGAUCGAUUCCCCUGAGCUGUUUAUCCAGUGUACGACCUUCGGCAGCUUUAGCUCACGCUGGCAGGAGACACUUUACAACAUGCUUACCUUCACCUUCCUCUUCCUUUUACCUCUCUUCAUCAUGAUCUCCUGCUACACCAGGAUACUGUUUGAGAUCUCCAAAAAAAUAACAGAAGAUAAACUGUUGUCCAAUCAAAUCCAGCUGCGUAGGUCUAAGAACAACAUCCCUAAGGCACGCAUGCGUACACUGAAGAUGAGUGUGGUCAUUGUCCUGUCAUUCAUGGUGUGUUGGACACCCUACUACAUGCUUGGCUUGUGGUACUGGUUCUGUCCUGCUAGCCUGGAGGAAACGGUGUCUCACAACCUCUCACAUAUGCUUUUUAUCUUUGGUCUGUUAAAUGCUUGUUUGGACCCCAUCAUUUACGGACUCUUUACCAUUCCACUGUGCAGAGGCACAAGGCACCGACGGCAUGACAAUAACAUUGUAACCUUUGAGCUGGAGAACACUAUUAACUCUUUGAUGACGUCCUUUAGAUGCUCUGCCUCCUCUCUCACCGUAAAAAGACUGGCUGUUCAGCACACUUCUAGGGAAAAGCUAGAAUUAGAUGGAGAGCAAAUACACAGGAUUAGAGAUGAUGGGGAGGAAAUAAAAAAUGGUGUGGCAUUUUCAAGGCAUUCAUCCUGUAUGGAGUAAAGGACAGGCAAAAUGAAUUACCUCUUCAACUCUGCGUACCUGCUGGUGGGUCCAAAAGCGGACACUAUGUUGAGAAAUAUGUUUACGCUUAACAUUUUCAAGUCUCCGAAAA